UCUCUUCUUUUUGCAAUUGCAAUUGCAGCGCACCACCAAAAAUAACUUUCCACAUAAUCCGCUGUCCAUUUCUGCUUCCAUUUCUCGCGCACUCAAUUACUCACUCACUCAAUUACUCGCUCACCCACUUACUUGCUCACCCACCCACCCCCACCCACUCACUCACUCCAUUGCUCGCUCACUCACCCUCUCCGCAUAUCGUCGCCAUGUCAUCGCUCGACCCCAGCGAAAAGCAAAAGAAAAUUCUUGCGGCCAAGAAGAAGCUCAAAAGCUUCCAGGCCAAGCGCGCAGCAGCCACAGGCGUCGGCAGUAUUGGUGGCGACUCGCCGACUCUGCUGUCGCCCACAGCAGCCAACUUCAUCAACGACAACGACGACAGCAGCGCCAACGGCAACGGCAGCGGCAGCGGACUUGACAACGAGCGCACGGCGCCGCAGUCAGAAGCCGGCUCACCAACCACACCCUCUUCUAGGGAGGAGGAGGCCGAUGUGCUGGCCAAGGAGCUCGAGCAGCUGAAGCAGCAGAUCAACCGGCAGCGCGAGCACCUGCAGGCUGAGAACCAGCGCACGCAUGACGAGCUGCAGGGCUGCCAGGAACGGCUCGUCCUGGCUGAGGUGUCUGUGGCGGCCACCGAGCGAGACCUGCGCGAGGUCAAUGAGACCAACCAGGCGCAGCUCGCCGAACGAGACGCCGGCUUGGAGUUGGCUGCCCAGCAGCGCGCACAGCUCGAGCAAAGCCUUGGCCAGCGCGACGCGGACAUUGCGGCGCUGCGUGCAGCCGCCGAGGAUGCUUCGCGUGCACACUCGGAUGAGACUGAGCGUCUGGCACGCGAGGCCCAGCGCGCCGCCGACACUGCCUCAGCGGAGAUGGUGGCCCUUGGCGAGCAGAUGUCCGCUAAGAGCGCAGAGCUCGCGGCCUGUGUGCUGCGCGCCGAAGCCGGCGAGGCCCAGGCGGCUGCGCUCGAUGCGGAUAAGCGGGCGCUUGAGGCCCAGGCCCAAGACCUCACAGCUGCGCUGUCCGACGCGCAGGCACUGCUGCAGCAGACGCAGGAGCGGCUGGAGCAGGAGCAGGAGGCGCAUGCGGAGUCUGUGGCGGCCUUGCGCGCAGCGGCCGACGAGCAGAACGCCGCGCAUUGCGAUGCUGUUGCACAGCUCAACGCCGACAUUUCGCAGCGCGACGCAGCGCACCAGAAGCUCAGCGGCUCGGCUGCCGAGUUGGAGCAGCAACUCGGCGCCGCGCAGGCGGAGAUCAGCGCCAAUCGGCAGCGCAUCAGCGAGCUCGACUCUGACCUGGCGCACGUCGGCCAGGUGCGCGACACUAUCCAAGCCAAACACGACAAGCUGGCCGCCUCGCAGAAGGAGAGCCGCAAAACCAUCGAGCGCACGGCGAAGGACCUUGAGAAGACCAAGAAGGAGCUGGCCGACACGCGGAAGGCCCGCGACCAGUUGGACACUGAACUGGCUGCUGCUGUGGCCGCCCAUUUGGCUGAGAAAGCCACACUCGAUGCCCACGUCACCGACCUUCAGGCAACAAUUUCGGAACGCGAUACCAGCAUCGCCGCCGUGCAGUCCGAUCUGGACCGCCAAACGCAGGCCCUCGCGGACCUGACCGUUGAGUACCAGAAACUGCAAACGCAAGCGGCCCAGCUCGCUGCAGAUCUCGAUUCCGCCACCACGGCGCAUGCCACGCACGCGCUGGAUCUCGGCCAGCAGCUGGACGAGCAAACCACCGCACGCCAAACUGCAGAGCAUGCGCUCGCGAGUGCACAGUCGGACAAUGCAUUGCUCGAGGAGAAGAACGCCAAGCUUGCUGAGGAGCUGAUGAUUGAGGCCGAGGCCGCGCGCGAAACGUUCGAGGAGCUGUUGCUGGAGCACGCUGAUUUGGAGAAAAAGCACCAGAGGCUUUCUGCUGCUCAUGAGAAGCUGGCUGACCGUCACCGCAAGGCGAUUGCCAGCACGCAGGCAUGGAUCACUGAGCUAAUGGAGUCGAGCGUACGCCAGAAGGACGAGGUUGACAGCUGGGAUGCCCAGGACAGCGGCUCGGAAACGGUAGCCUGAGGGCUGAAAUAUUUAAUUCAACAUGUUUCCACACACCUCCCUGGUAAUGUGUGCUAACAGGCUUUGCUGUGCAUUGAUUGAGUGAGUGAGCGAAGCGAACAUGUAUCAACUUUGUAGUGGUUAUGAGAAUAAGCAAGUCCAAAAGCGAAUUUGUUCAAAACUAAAAAAUUAGGGAACCCUAUUGAACACUACUCCCCUCUUCUGCCUUUUAUAGUAGCACAGAGUUGACUAUACGCGCCCUUUUGGCCAAUGGGGGUGUUUGUUUGUAUGCUUGUAGCAUGUGAGACGAGCCUAUGUGUUAAUAACCACGACAAACUCGUUUAUAUUAAUCACAAUUGCUAAUACAAAUAAAAGAAUGAGGCUACAAGUAUCCUGCAAAUCGACAUCCUCCCCACAGACUGCAUAGCAACCUGAAAGGUGUUUAGAAGCUAGUGGCAAUAGC